ACAAAGGAACCAUGCAGUCAGCAGUAAGGCUCGUCGUGUGCUUGUUUCUUCUCUCCUCGGUUUUGGGCGGCUCGUACCAGAGCGGCCCCAAGCUACGUCGUGAUGGUGUUCUCAACCUGUAUCCAUUCCCGCGAGUCGGCCGAGCCUCUCAUCACACGUGGCAGAUACCCAUCAAUGAUCUGUAUUUAGAAUAUGAUCCAGUGGACAAGCGGCAACUGUACGCGUUCCCCCGGGUCGGACGGAGCGAGCUCUCUCUCCUGCGACCUGAACAGCAUUUAGACGCCCUGCAGCCAGUUCCUGCUCGGCGCACAGAAGGUCCGGGCAUGUGGUUCGGACCCCGGCUCGGCAGGUCCUUCAAAAGCGACGAAGACGAAAUCACAAUCCAAAACAACAACUUGGAGCGCAGCGAGCCCGAGCUUAUGGAGAGAAAGAAACGAAACGCGCACUUAAACUAAUACUGACAAACAGAAUAUAAAUAAAGCUGCAAUACUCGCUUCGUUCCCACUUCAUUAUAAAUAACAUUAGAAUACACAGAAGACUAUAGAAUGAAUGAAAUGAAAAACAGACUAUUAUUCCUAAUGUUGUACUAUUAUUAAACUUUUGAAAAUCGAAAAUUAACGUUAUUUAUGCCGAAGGUCUGACUUUCCCUCCCAUAUUCCUUUCCGAAAAUAGACAAUGCACCCACCAUCUGGCUAGAGGUGAAAAGGGGCAAUCCAACAUAUACCUAUUAUUACCCAAAUAGAUUUUAAAUACGUUGAAUACAUGUUAAUUAUUAUAAGGUUUGUUGCCAAAAUUAUUUGUAAGGCUGGGCGGUUUUGUUCAUACGAAAAUGUUAAUAAUUCCGAUGAAUAAUUUUGGCAAACGUUUAAAUGUUAAUAGUUGUUUGUAAAUGCAACAAUUUAUUUAAAUAAAGAAAAUCACUCUUAAA